AUGGAUCCAGAAGUUAUUUUAGCAAUUAUUUGCACACCAUUUGUCGUGGCUCUCUGUAUCACAUUGUUCUUCAGAUUCAGACAUAAAUUCCUAGUUGCAUGCCUACUCACUGGCAUAUUGCUUUCACUAUGCUCUGCAUUCAUAUGUUUGACAAUUUGCAGAGGACUUAUAUCGAUGUGUGUAUUGGCGUGUUCUCUUUUCAUUGGCUUCUCAGUUUUGGAAGACAUAUUAAAAAUCGCCUUCAUCUUUUUGACGAGAAGACUGAAAGUUAAGGUUCUUAUUUCACUGUGGGGUUUAUCUUUAGCCAGUCUGAUUGUCGCAAUAAUUUUGAUUUUUGUGAAUUGUGAUAAGAAUGUUUGUAACAAAAACUUGGGCGAAUCCUUCAAAAAUGCUGAGUUAUUAAACAUCUGCACAGUAAUAUCUGGUGGCUUUUUCAACACUGCUGUGUCUUUGAUCGCAGUAAUUUUCGCAGACAUGCUGAAAUGAGAAUAGUAUGGGGUGACUAUUUGUCAAAGUAGACUGCAAUAUUGUAAACCUAAUUCAUCAUUUCUGAUAACAUCCAGUAUUUUUUGCAUGUCAACCAUUGAAUAUAAGAUAAUUCACAUUUUCAAUUUUGAUAUAAUGAAAUUUCUUCGCUCAUUGAAACUUCUAAUUUAUUUGCGUUCUUGAAGUUCUUCGGGAGAUGAGCCAUUUUGUGAACCAUAAUAUGUAUGUUAA